AAAUGAGUGUGUAUCAUGAUGAAAUUGAGAUUGAAGACUUUGAAUAUGAUGAAGCUGAAGAAAUUUACCACUAUCCCUGUCCCUGUGGCGAUAGAUUUGAAAUUUCCAAGGAAGAGCUGAUGGCCGGAGAGGAGACAGCAACGUGUCCAAGUUGCUCCCUUAUCGUGAAAGUUAUCUACAAUCCUGAACAGUUUAGAGCUGAAAACGAGGAAGUAAAUCUGGAUGAGAAGCUAAAGAAUUUGUCACUGGAGAAGAAUUAGAUUUACAGCAACUGGCUGAUAUUUAUUUUGUAUAUAUCUCAUUUUUUAUUACAUUUAAUCAGUAAAAUGUAAGUAAACACAAUAAUUACGAUGAGAUUUUC